AUCUUCAUUUGCAAGACCUAGCAAAACCAGUUACUAGCACGUCGCGCCACGCAUCCCCCUGCUCAAAUCUUCUGAAGGAGUAUAUAUAUGCCUCAUAGCACGAUGCCUCGAUCAUCCAAACAGUUGGAGAUCAACAUCUGACUAUCUGAGCUGUGAAUCCCCUGCGCAUCCAUCCACCAAAAAUUCGACGAAACAGAGUAAGACAAGCAGAGCAGGCAGAGCAGCCAUGCCGUUCGUGCCGGCGUGCGUGCAGUGCGGGACGAGGAGCAACCCGUGCCGGUGCAAGGUGGUCGGGCCGACGCUGGGGUUCGUGGCGUUCCUCGUGACCGGCGUCGUGGAGUGGCCGCUCGGCGCGGCCGUGUACCUGUUCCGCCACCGCAAGGGACGCCGCAUCAUGGGCCACCCGGCCAGGGUCGUCUACCCGCGCGUCACCAGGGCGAUCCCCAUCUAAUCCUCAUCGGGGCGGCGUCCUGCUGAAUCAUGGUCUGGGUGUGUCGUGUUCAUAUUUGACGAUUCAAUAAAAAAAGCCUUGUGUGGUUUGUGUUGAAAGCUUACGAAGCUUCGCUGUGUUUGUAUGUCAACAAUAUAUAACUGGUUCCGUUACUCUCAGAUGUUCUUGCUCUGUCGGAACUUUAGUGCGUUGGUUGCUUAAAAAUUAUAUUUUUCGCUCUUUA